UUAUUGUGUCUGCUCUCUGAGUGAUAUUGACCAGGAGAUCCCUUGCUGAGGUUGUGAUGCGCAGUAUGGCUGGAGGAACAUGCUGAUUGCGUUUCGGGGGCUGAAACUCGUUCGUGGAUUCUGAAAGCUAGCUACUAAUAUCGCAAAUCAUGCUCAGAUUCCCGUCGGAUGACUUCGAUGAUCCGCGAUGGCCAUCCUCAAGAACCCUUUCACUUUCAAGAGUUAAUAGUGGUAUGGUUAGUCCGAUCAUCGCGCGCAGAACUCAAUGUACCGCUGCAUGCUUCCUACUGGGACGAAGACUUCAGAAUGCGAUGGCCUUGUGCAUCAAACAAUUUCAAGAUUCUCAGCUAGCCGUGAUCUUUGCCCUGUACUGAAGGAAGUCCGCAACUCGAAGUUAUGGGAACUAGCGACGUGGGGUACAUUUUCCUUGGCCGAAGACACUGAAGUCAAUUUGACACCAACGCUCUUUAAACAUUGCGGAUCUUCGAAAGAUCCAGGAGUUUGCAUAUAAUACACAUUGCGGUUAGGAGGUUGCUGUUGUAAUGCUUCGACUAAUCUGGCCCACCUCGCUCCCCCAUAAGUUGAGUCUG